UACUUAUGUUGUUUUUGUUUUGGUCAAUAAGUACGAGACCCAGAAAUCGGAAAACAUGGCUGAGUUAAAGAAGAGGUAUUUUGUCAAUAGUAUACCAGACUAUAUGCAUGGAGCAGUAGAUAUAGAUACACAGAAGUGGAAAAGUCGAAUUCUAAAUGCCGUGGAAGAUGUCAUAGCAAAGCAGCCACCAACGAUGGAGAAUUGUGAGGGCGGUCUGUAUGUUGGGUGUGCAGGAAUCGCAUACGCGCUUUGUCACCUCGCGCACAACGAGGCUUUCAAGCCCGAACAGGGAAAGCUGCUGCAGAGCGCCGAACAGUACGCGACCGCGGCCUACCGGCACGCCGAGCUCCCGGAGAACAAGAACGAUCGCCACACGAAGACCUCCUUCCUCCUCGGCAACCUGGGCGUGUACGCCGUCGCCGCCGUCGUCUUCAACGCCACGGACAGGAAGGAGAUGGUGGCCAAGUGCCUGACCGCUUACGCGCAGAUGGCUUCGCUCUGCCUGCCGACGCAGUUCGUGGAGUGCGGGUCGGACGAGCUGUUCGUCGGAAGAGCCGGGUACCUUUGCGGACUUCUCAUGUUGAAUAAAAAGACGGGACAACAGGUUCUAAGUCGGCAUCAAGUGGAGUGCCUGUUUAAUGCUAUCAUCAAGUGCUGGACGGGAUGUAUGCGAAACGAGAGUCAAUCGCCAAGUCCACUGAUGUAUGCCUACUAUAUACAGACGAGCAUACUGCAGAUGUUGCUCAGUUUCCCGGACUUGCUGAAGAAAGACGCGACGACGGAGAAGUACGUUAGAGACGCGACGGACUUUGUGCUGAGCCUGGAACAACGGAACGGCAAUUAUCCGGCAGGGAUGGACGAGGUUGGAGGGCCAGUAAUACGUGCGGAGGAAGAUGAGCUCAUUCACUGGUGUCACGGCGCCGGCGGAGUCGUCUACCUCUUCGCGAGGGCGUAUCUUGUGUGGAAGGAUACCCGCUACUUGGAGGCCUGCAAGCGAUGUGCCGACCUGGUCUGGAAGAAGGGGCUUCUCAGGAAAGGUCCAGGGAUCUGUCACGGGGUUGCGGGUAGCGGAUACGUUUUCCUGCUGCUCUACCGGCUGACAGAGGAGCCGGGCUACCUCCACCGCGCGCUCCGAUUCGCAGACUUUGUCUACACGGACACGUUCCGGCGGCACGCUCGCACGCCGGACCGUGCGCACAGCCUGUACGAGGGCUGGGCCGGCACAAUGCUCUACCUCUCAGACCUGCUGCACCCGGAGAAGGCAGAGUUCCCGCUUUUCAACGUGUUCUUCUAGCGAAGUCGCGCGGUUGGUGAUUCCAUCGGCGGUUUGUCGAUGCGAAAGAUGGCGUUUUCGCUUUUCGUCGUGUUUUUUUUUUGACGUCGUGUGGUUACGAAUUCCGCGGCUGUUUGCCGCUGCGAAAGGCAGCGUUUUCAAUUUUUGGCAGGUUCUUCUAGACUUCGCGCUGUUGCGCAUUAGUAGGAUUCUGUAAGCACACUUUUCGCCAUGUUUUUCUAAACAUCGUGGUUGAGAAUUCGGCAGCGCAUGCUGAUGGGAAAGGCAGCAUUUCCAUUUUUCGGCAGGUUUUUCUAGACGUCGUGUGGUUACGAAUUCGGCGGUGGAUGUCAAUGCGAAAGGCAGCGUUUCCAUUAUUUUUUCACGGGUUUUUCUAAACGUCGUGGCUGAGAAUUCCUCACGACGGUCGAUGCGAAAGGCAACGUUUACACUUUUUCACGUGUUUUUUUGUUUAGCAUGCGGCUUGCGUGGUUUUGCGUGAAUUGUGAGGUGAAGGGCCAAAGCUUCCACUGUUCAGUAUGCGAUUCUGAACCCGCUGGUUGUGAAAUUUUUGUGUCAGAAUUCCGAGAUGUAAUCAACGCCUUUGCUCACUGUCUUGUGACAGUCUUUACCAUACUGCGAAUUACUUGCCAAUGCUGCAAAUGUGUUUUUUGUGUGUAAUUGUAUAUUCAGUGUUCUUCCAAUUGUGACUUCCAGUUGUCACUUCCAAUUGCGACUUCUAAUUGCGGCUUCUAAUUGCGGCUUCUAAUUGGCAAGUCCAAACCACAGUCCUUGAAAUUAGAAGUGUCAGUCACAUGGAAAGUGAGGUGUUUUCUUGUUGCUUUCGUAUGCCCGACUAACUGAGGCAUUGUGCAACAAUCUAGUACUGAACUCUUCCACUCCUGCCUUUUCACUCGAGUCAGUAUUGACUGCCAGCAGAGUGUGUACACUUUUUUGUACAGAAAUAAAGUACUACCUCCCAGAAUGCCUUCGUAGUCAGACGUAGGAUAAACUGUGUGGGUAGCGAGCUCAUUAGAAGAGUACAAAUGUGUAUGAUUUCGAGAGAGCAGGUUAAUCGUUAGCUCUGCUGGUGUAUAGCCCCUUCGCUCCUGUUACAGGAAGCUUCUAGCUGUAGCAGGAGCCAAGGGGCUACACCAGCAGAACUAGUUAAUCGUUUGAUUAAUGCAAUGCAGGGCUAUUCAGUAUUGUGUAGGCGGGCAUAAUCUGACUGGAAAUAGAACGAUGGUAAACAUUAUAGACGUGAAUAGCAAACUAUUGGCGAUUGAUUUUAAUUAAAGAGGGUAGACUAGAAGUUUGUACAUACGCGGUUAUUUACGUUAUCACAAGCUUUCACUCUUUACACGCUUGUGAUGAUGUUGGUAUUAGUGAACUGUCCCUUAAACUUUCAUUAUGCGCAAGGUCGGUGUGUGCCACUCAUGAGAAGAAAAAGACGCUUGCUCAAAUCUCUCUCAACAGCCAUAAAUAUAAUUUACCUAUAGUUUGGUACACCACAGGAUACAGCACUGGCACCGAAGUAUAGGCCCCUACGUAUGCAUACUUUUUAGUAGGAUAGUGGAUAUCUCUCUUAUAGAGUAUGAGUAUAAUAAUAUUUGAUAUAAUCAUAGUUACAUGAUUACCAGAUCGUCUACUUCUGCUGAUAAUAAUCUAUAUUAUCUCAUUUAUAAUAUAAAUUCCUGUUCAAAUGCAAGGAAUGGGAAUAUAAUUAAAACAAGUAAAGCUAAUGAAAAUGUUCUGUAAACAAGGUUUACUGGCAUGGCGUUAGUGGAAUAUUGACUAUAAUGUGGAAUGCCUGCGUUUUGGUUGUGUGGCGGAUACUGUCAGAGCACUAGUGUUAACCUAUUCCCACAGAGUCACAUAUUUUACGUAAAUUACAUGUUGAAUGAUGAAGAAUUUGUCUUUUUAUAUGUUUACUCUCGAUAUUUCUGCCUUCGUAUGUAAAUGAUGAUAGAACUCGUUGAUGCCUUUAUAACGGUGUGAUUUCAGUAGUCGUAUAUCAUUGACUGUAUCCUUGCUAUUCAAUUUUCGAGGUUUGAUCUCAACGCUACGUUAGUCGUGUUUAUUUACAUUUAAAAAGUGUUUACCGAUAAGGAUUUUCCACAUGAGUACUUGAAAGAUUUCCGAGCGGGCCCGUAGCUUCAGAAAGUUGGUAAAGGUAAUCACAAUUCCAUGACCUAACUAAGUAAUAGCAAUGUAAUGAUUAGAAUGCGAGCACGUGAAGGAUAAGAUCAGACUUAAUGGAUUUGUUUCAUUCUUUAUUACAUAUAUUUUAUGGUUUUUUUUAUUUAUUUCAUCUUGUUAUUAUUCUCCAUUUUUCACGGGAUUGGUGCUUCCUUUCUUCCCCCAUAUACCACACUUGGAGUGUGACUACACGAUUGCGUUGUGUGUAUUAUACAUUGCAUUUAUAUAGUUAGGAUUACUAAUAGCAGAGUAUAUAGUUUAUUAGUUACGAGCGGCAAUCGAGUGCUCAACUUAUUUUAAAUUUGUAAAACGAUUAAGUUAAAGUUGUACAGAUAUUCCACUUAUAGGAAAGUUUUGUAUUGUCGACAUACAGUGUUCGUGUUCGUUUGUCCGUUUUUACUGUGUGAAUUUAAUUACGUGUGGUAAAUAUAUGUCGAAAAUUUAUCAAGAUAGAAAUGGGUACAAAUCGUCUUUGUAAUGCGAUAAUGCAGAGACGAUUUGAAUUUGAUCUUGGUGAUUAAAAUUGGUCUUGGUAGAUAAAUGAUUAUUGAAAGCCGACAUCACGAUGGCUUGAUCAUCACGUUUUCUAAAUCUACGUAGAUAUCUAGAACUGAUCAGUCCAAGAUUUUGCCAGU